AUGUUCGUGAUCUUCAUCUGCGCUUUGGUGGCGAUGUCUGCCGCAGCCCCAGACCACUACGGACCACCUCCGACCAGGUUCUAUGGCAUAUCCCGGGGCGCAAGCUUUGAGUUUGAGACCGGAAAUGGCAUCAAGCGUGAGGAACAAGGUGUCCCUCAAGGACCGUCUGGCGCAGUGGCAAUGCAAGGAGGAUGGUCUUUCACUUUCCCCGACGGCUCCUCCGCCGAUGUCUCUUUCGUCGCCGACGACGCUGGUUACCGAGUCGAGUCCGACCUGCUGCCCACGCCCCACCCUCUCCCCGCCCACGCCAUCGCCCAGAUCGAGAAGGCUCGUCGGGAGGACGCAGCUGCUGCGGCCUUGAGCGGGCGUUACUCUGCCCCGCGGACUAGCUAUGGAUACCCAUGA